CGGACAGCUACAGUCGUACCACACAUUUCUAACGGCAGACAAAGUCGUGACGUACCAACGCUUCCGGCACACGCACAGUCCGCCUCCUAAAUCGUCCGCUGUUCUGGUUCAGAAGGCCAAACAGGGAUAUUUCGCAGCAAUAUUGUCAUGGCUGCUACGCUGCGCUUACUUUACUGUGCAUCAAGGCCAGUCACUUCGAUAAGCAGUCACAAUUUGAUGAGAUGCUUCAGCAUUUCUGCACCAAGAGCUGGAUUCAAGUAUGUGAACGCUCUGGACGUGCCCAUGGACAUGAAGUCCAUCACUGACCGGAAUGCUCAGGCACUCCUUCUUGUUGAGAUUGCGAGAGGUAUGAGCAUGACAAUGAGCUACCUCUUUAGAGAACCAGCCACUAUAAACUACCCAUUUGAGAAGGGUCCACUGUCGCCUCGCUUCAGAGGAGAGCACGCGCUCCGAAGGUACCCAUCAGGGGAAGAACGCUGCAUCGCCUGUAAGCUAUGUGAAGCCAUCUGCCCUGCGCAGGCCAUAACCAUCGAGGCCGAAACUCGCGCUGAUGGAAGCAGGAGAACGACUCGCUACGACAUCGACAUGACCAAAUGCAUCUACUGUGGGUUUUGCCAGGAGGCCUGUCCUGUGGACGCCAUUGUAGAGGGUCCAAACUUUGAGUUUUCUACUGAGACCCACGAAGAGCUUCUGUACAACAAAGAGAAGCUGCUCAAUAAUGGAGAUAAGUGGGAAGCUGAGAUCGCUGCCAAUAUACAGGCUGAUUAUUUGUAUCGAUAGUCAUGCACAAACGUUGUACAGUUAACCUACACCAACCAUAGACUAUAUAUAAGAGAUGGACUAAGCAGUCUGGUUUUAAAAAAUGUAUCCAUCCUGGAGCUACCCCAUUUAUGACAUCAGCAAACAAGUGUUUAUGGAUCCGGUCACUCGUUUUUGGUCUUCAACAGAACACAUGUCAAUUUGUAAAUAAUGGUCAUAUUGAUUGGAAAUUGAAAUAAGUAAAUUGUGCCUGUGAUUUGUGGCUGACAUCUUGAACUGUCCAACAGGGCCUUGGUUGCAGUCGAACACCAUAAUGUGCAGGUUUAGGUUUAUCUUGGUUUUGGUUUAGCUGGAGAACUUCCUCUUUCAGUUGAUGUUGAGAGACAGCACACUUGGCUGACAUGUUUCCAUUCAUUUUCUGAUAUCGUUUCCCUCUGACAUCUUUUAUUUAUUGUUGGGUGACGCAUACAGCGGUGGCUCUGUGUUUAAUGAGACCAUGUGAUUAGUCUCCUUACCAACAAACGUGGGCACUGCUACAACACUGUUUGCAGUAGGUAGUACUCUUCACACAGGAUGGAUUCCCGUCAUUGUUCUGUCCCUGUCCUGUCGGAAAUAAAAACAAAAUACUGGGA